AUGGACGUGGACUCGGCGCCGGCGCUGAAGAGGAAGGGCGCGGACGCGCCGGAGCUGUGGCUGGACGACGACGUCGGCCCUGGGUUCCCGGUCGCCUCCCGCGCCACCAAGAUCCGCCGCCUGGACCCGGACAUGAUGCCCGUCGUGCCCGGCGCGUUCGUGCCGCCACCGCCACCGGGAACGCAGCUGCCUGUGGCAGGCUUCGGGGUGGUGGAGGAGGCGCCGAUGUGCGGCGACGUGGCGGUGGUGCCGGUGGACAUGGCGACGGCGCCGCCGCUGCCGGCGAACGAGGAGCGGGCGAUCGUCUUGUACCGGCCCGCCGAGGCCGAGCGCAGGCUGCUGCUCGGCCCGCUCCGGCCGGGCGGCCAUCUCCGCGUCAGCCCCGAGUGGAUCCAAGCGCUCAACGGCACGACGCUGCAGGAGGCGAGCAGCCGCCGCGCGCUGUUCGAGGGGCUCGCCGGAGCCGAGAGCUCCAACCUGGCCAUGGUCCCCUGGGCGCCGCCCCGCGCCCAGGCGGCGUCCAUGGCCGAGGAGAUGAUGGAGGCCGAGGACGGCGAGGGCGCGUCCAUGGAGGUGGAGCAGGACAGGGCCGAGCAGCAGCUCCCGAUGCCCCAGUGGCCGCAGCAGCAGCAGCACUACAUGGUGCAGCAGCAGCCGAUCCCGGUGGCGUGGUCAUUGUGA